AUGGGCAGCAUUACGUUACUUGUGGGAAGCAUAUUAUUGAUCCUAUUAUUUUGCUCUCUCGUCCAAUCACGUUCUUACACGUCAUAUUCGAAAAUCCAACUUCCCGGCGAUUCUCUAACUCUUUCCGUUACCGAUUUCGGCGCCACCGGCGAUGGUAUCAACUACGACUCCUCCGCGAUUCAGUCAACCAUUGACGCCUGCAACCGUCACUACGCAUCGUCUUCUUCAAUCUGCCGCGUCGUUUUCCCUUCCGGCACCUAUUUGACCGCCAAGCUCCAUCUCCGAUCUGGCGUCGUUCUCGAUGUCACGGAGAACGCAGUUCUUCUCGGUGGUCCGAGGAUCGAGGAUUAUUAUCCUGCGGAGACUUCGUCGGAUUGGUACGUGGUUGUGGCGAACAACGCGACUGACGUUGGAAUCACCGGCGGAGGAGCGAUCGAUGGGCAGGGAUCGAAGUUCGUGGUCAGAUUCGAUGAGAAGAAGAACGUGAUGGUGAGCUGGAAUCAGACUGGUGCUUGUUUGGGUGAUGAGUGUAGACCUAGGCUUGUUGGUUUCGUUGAUUCGAGAAACGUUGAGAUCUGGAACAUCACACUACGUGAGCCUGCUUAUUGGUGGUUAGUUUUGAAAACUUCUGCUUUUGAGAAUUUAGGCUUCUGUUCUGUGAUUGCUCAAUGUUCGAUAAUAUAG